AUGUUGCUCGCGCGUGCUCUCGGUUUCUCUGCUGCUCCUCCUUGCUACCCUGCUGUGGAAGCACGUCUCUCGGCGGCGGCGGCGGCGAUUACCAGGGGUGAUUUCCCGGAGGGCUUCGUCUUCGGCGCCGGCACAUCGGCUUACCAGGUAGGAGUAGGAGUACUGCUCUUAGUUCCUGGCAAUGGGAAGCGAAUGAGAGUGACGGAGGUGGUGUUGAAAUCAGUCUUGUUCGUGCAGGUUGAAGGCGCAUGGGCAGAGGACGGGAAGAAGCCCAGCAUCUGGGACACAUACACGCGCAGUGGCUAUUCGAUUGACCAUGCGACUGGAGAUGUGGCUGCGGAUCAGUAUCACCAUUACAAGGAAGAUGUGAAGCUAAUGCAUGACAUGGGGUUGGACGCGUACAGGUUCUCAAUUGCCUGGUCAAGGCUUAUUCCAGAUGGGCGGGGUGCUGUGAACCCAAAGGGGUUGGAGUACUACAACAGCCUCAUACACGAACUCCUCAGAUAUGGAAUACAGCCUCACGUGACCAUCUAUCACUUCGACCUCCCCCAGGCUCUUCAGGAUGAAUACAACGGCCUGCUGAGUCCUAGAAUCAUGAGCUUCGGCGACAGGGUGAAGCACUGGAGCACGGUGAACGAGCCCAACAUCGAGCCCCUCGGCGGCUACGACCAAGGCUACCUCCCGCCGCGCCGCUGCUCCUUCCCAUUCGGGCUCGGCGUCCCCUGCACCCGUGGCAACUCCACGACGGAGCCGUACGCCGUCGCCCACCACCUCCUGCUCGCGCAUGCGUCGGCUGUCUCCCUCUGCAGACGCAAGUACCAGGGUGAGCAAGGAGGCCGGAUUGGGCUCACAUUGCUGGCCUGGUGGUACGAGCCGGCCACACGGAAACCGGAGGACGUAGAAGCAGCUGCAAGAGCAAAUGACUUCACAAUCGGAUGGUUCAUGCAUCCCUUGGUGUACGGCGACUAUCCACCCGUGAUGAGGAGGAACGUGGGGUCAAGGCUGCCGGUGUUGACGGCGCAGGAGUCGGCCAUGGUGCGCGGGUCAUUCGACUUCGUUGGGAUCAACCAGUACGGUGCACUCUUGGUUGAAGCAGACCUGGGCCAGCUCAAACGGGAGCUCAGAGACUAUUACGGCGACGCCGCUAUCAACUUUGUCACACUACCGUUUCAGAGCACAAUGAGGAACCACCAGGAGCGUCAACUUGGGCUGAGGAACAAUGAGGCGCCAUGGGCUCUGAGCAAAGUGUUGGAACACCUGCAGAUUCAGUACGGGAACCCUCCGGUGAUGAUCCACGAGAACGGAGCUGGGCACGAGCCGGACCCGUCCGGCGGCUUCCUGUACGACGACGAGUUCAGGGCACAUUUCCUGCAGGCCUACAUCCAAGCGGCGCUCGGGUCCGUCAGGAACGGGUCGGACGUGCGCGGCUACUUCGUGUGGUCCUUCAUGGACGUGUUCGAGUAUCUGUUCGCCUACAGGUUCCGCUUCGGCCUCUAUGGUGUCGACUUCGCCGCCGAGGACCGCACCAGGUACGCUCGGAGCUCCGCGCGAUGGUACGCUGGCUUCCUCCGCGGCGGCGGCGACCUCACUCCGGCGCCGCCUCUGGGAGACGGACACGGCUCCACCUAUUCGGAGUGA